AUGUGGGUAGAAGCGGAGGCUUUACCCACCAAUGACGCUAAGGUGGUAUUGAGGUUUCUCAAGCGGCUAGUGAACCAAUUUAGUACUCCACUGAUCAUUAUUAGUGACGGGGGUUCUCAUUUUUGCAAUCAACAAUUCGAGACUCUAAUGAAGAAGUACAAUGUGUACCAUCGAGUUACAACCCCGUACCAUCCCCAAACUAGUGGGCAAGUGGAAGUGUCAAAUCAGAAAUUGAAGAGGAUUUUGGAAAAGAUGAUGAGGCUUAUUAACGGCCUACAAGACUCCCAUUGGCAUGUCUCCUUUCCUGAUUGUUUAUGGGAAGCGGCGGGUGAAAAACGGCUUCUUCAACUCAAUGAAUUGGAUGAGAUCCGGUUCAAUGCAUACGAGAAUGCCAAACACUGCAAGGAAAAGAUGAAGAAGUGGCAUGAUGCCCAUAUUAAGCCCAAGGUCCUAGAAGUCAGCUUAUUUGUGUUUCUUUACAACUCACGGUUGAAGUUGUUUCCGGGCAAGUUUAAGUUUCGGUGGAGUGGCACAUUCAAAAUCCGGAAUAGGGCAAGUCACAGUGCGGUAGAAUUGGAGAAUUUGAAAGGCAAAGUUUUCAAGGUCAAUGGGCAUCGAUGCAAGCUUUACAUAGGGCCCUUGACUAACAUGGUGGAGGAUGAAAUCUCUUUCACCACUCCUACUUGA